AUGGACGAGCUACAGAGCCUUCCACACAAACGGCUUCGAGUCGGGGUUGACGUAGGCGGCACAAACACUGACAGUGUGCUCAUUGAUCUGGCGCAUCCAUCAGAGCCAGACAAAGCAAUACUAGCGUGGCGCAAGACACCUACGACGUCGGAUCCAAGCGAUGGCAUAAAGACUGCACUCAGCAGCUUACUUGAGUCGACGAAUAGAAAAUCAGACAUUGUCAGCGUGGCAAUAGGGACCACGCACUUUAUUAAUGCGGUUGUAGAGCGAGAUGCCAAUCGACUCUCUAGGGUUGCUGUGUUGAGACUGGGCUACCCCUAUAGCAAGUAUAUGAGGCCUUGCGGUGACUGGCCGGACGACUUACAAAGACUCGUGCUGGGCCAUUAUGCUUUAUUGCGGGGAGGGCUUCAGGUGAACGGAAGCCCCAUCAGCGACAUUGAGCCAGCUGAGAUUCGAGCAGAGUGUGCGCAUAUCAAGCAAAAGGGCAUCCACGUCGUGGUUAUCAAUGGCAUCUUCAGCCCCCUCGACUCCGCAGAGAAUCAAGAACAUCUUGUAGCUGAGAUUGUGCGUCAAGAGCUGCCGGGCUGCGAUGUUGUACUCUCCAGCGAGGUUGCUAAGCUUGGGUUCAUCGAGCGUGAAAACGCCGCGAUCUUCAACGCAGCCAUAUUGAGAUAUGCGCGGCAGACUCUACAUUUGUUUCAACGGCCUUUGAAACAACUAGGUCUAGAUUGCCCGGUAUUCAUAACUCAAAAUGACGGAACAGUCCUCCCGGGGCAACUUGCCGCAAAGUUUCCAAUAAGGACAUUUUCUGGUGGCCCGACCAAUAGCAUGCGCGGAGCUGCUUUUCUUGUAGAGAGGUAUUCAUUGGGUAAACGAGGCGAGAAGAAGCCAAUCAUGGUGGUCGAUAUUGGUGGCACAACGACCGAUGUUGGACUUUUGCUUCCUUCGGGCUUCCCAAGGCAGCGAGCGGCCUUUAGCAACUUGGCGGGAGUUCGAAUGAACUUUUCUUACCCAGAUGUCACCAGCAUCGGUCUUGGCGGAGGGUCAUUCGUAUAUCGUGAUAAAGGCAUAGCUGUUGGUCCAGAAAGCGUCGGCCGCCGACUUACAGAAGAUGCAAUUCUAUUUGGUGGCGCCAUUCUGACAGCCACCGACUGUGCCGUUUCCGCGGAUCCUACUUUGGCGAUUGGCUCGCCGGAUGUGCUUGCGGCACGUUCCAAUCUAAGCCCAGAAGAGAUCUACAAUUUCCAGGAAGCCGUAAAGUCAAAGCUGGAGCGGGCUAUAGACUCUAUGAAGACGUCUCCGGAAGACCUGCCCGUCUUGUUGGUUGGUGGUGGCGCUAUCCUAGCCCCGAACAAGCUGAAGGGCGCAAGCGAAGUUCUUCGGCCGCCAUGGUCAGGCAUCGUGAAUGCCAUCGGGGCCGCUAUGGCUGGCUUGAGCAUUGUGGUCGAUACCAUCAAGACGAUUGGGCCCAAUACAGAACAGCAGUGGCUCGAGGAAAUUAAGAAGGUUGCUAUCGACAAAAUAGUCGAUGCUGGCGCCCUUCGUUCCUCGGUUCAAAUUGUCGAGAUAGAGACACUCCCAAUGUCGUAUGUCGAGAAUAAGGCUCGAUUCAUUGUUCGUGCAGCUGGUGACUUUAAUUAUAACGCUCCAAGUAUAGAGCUUACAGGUAAUGAUAUGAGCCAUUCGGGCAACUUAGUGGAUUCGGCGGACGAUUUAAACAAUUCCCAGUAUGGGCGCAAAACAGGCGCUGGUGAUUUCUCCGGGACUCCAACAGAGGAAACUAAAGCAUCAACUGAAUCCACUGACGACUUGCGUUUGUACAAGCCUAAAGUCGCAGACCGAGUGUGGUAUCUGAGUGAGACGGAUAUUGGCUGGAUUGCCACCGGCUGCAAUAUUCUUGGAUCAGGAGGCGGUGGCUACCCAUUCCCAACCGCUAUGCGCCUUCGCCAGAUGAUACGCAAUGGCGAUGUGAUUCGCGUUGUCGACUCGCGUGAUGUCGACGAUAAAGCCGUCGUGGGGGGAGCAUGCUUCGGCGGUGCGCCCAAUGUCUUUUCUGAAAGACUUCCGGCUGACGAGCUACUCGAGGCUCAGAAAGAGCUGAUGCGGCUAUUCAAAGACCCGAUCACGCAUCUUAACUGCUUGGAAGUUGGUGGAGCAAAUGGCAUGCAAAGCUUUGUGGUCGGAUCCAGCUCGAACCUUGAUCUGCCGACCGUCGAUGGCGACUACUGUGGCCGCGCAUAUCCCGUGUUAUGGCAGACAACGCCGUACGUCUAUGGUGAUCGCCAGCCGGUGUACCUCCCAAUGGCACUGAGCGAUGGCAACGGAGCCUCGGUCAUUGUCUCCCAGGCCAAGUCAGACAAAGUCGUCGAACGACUCCUGCGAGCCGCGCUUAGUGAGCUCGGGUCUCUCGCCGGUGUGGCCGUUGCACCCGCUUCAGGAGUCGAGUAUAAACGCUGGGCUAUUCGCAACACCAUAUCGCAAUCAUGGCGGAUCGGAAGGGCUGUGCACUUGGCUCGUCUGUUGAAUGGUCUCGAUACGAUGACGGAGUCGAUUAUCAACGAGUGCGGCGGCCCCGAUGCUGCCAAGGUUCUGUGGCGCGGCAAGAUUGUCAGUGUGAAGCGGACACUUCGUAAAGCCCAUCUCUACGGCUACAAUGAGCCGACCGAGUCGCUUCCUUUAGAUUCCGAAGAUCUUCAAGGCGAGAUAUUGGCCAUUGUGCCGGACCUUGUCGCCGUUCUAGAUGCUGAAGAUGGUGAGGGUAUUGGUACGCAGGAUUACCGGUAUGGUCAACGUGUUAUCGUCAUAGGCAUUGCUGCUAGCGAGCAAUGGACUGGUACUGAGGAGGGUAUCAGAAUCGGGGGCCCUGAGGGAUUCGAUAUGGGAUAUUUGAAGUACAAGCCGCUUGGAAAAUACUCAGCUCCCAAGAGCGUUAUUGAUGAGUAUAAUGUCUCAUAG